CCCGUUCUCCAGGGAGAGAGAGUAGAAGAAUUAGGACAGCUCAGCUUCGCCGGAAUCCCAUCGAAAAUGGUGUCGGGAUCGGGGAUAUGCGCGAAGCGCGUGAUUGUCGACGCGCGUCACCACAUGUUGGGGCGUUUGGCGUCGAUCAUCGCCAAGGAAUUGCUCAACGGACAGAAAGUGGUGGUUGUUCGGUGCGAGGAGAUUUGUCUGUCGGGAGGUUUGGUCAGACAGAAGAUGAAGUACAUGAGGUUCCUCAGGAAGCGCAUGAACACCAAGCCUUCUCACGGCCCGAUUCACUUCCGUGCUCCUUCGAAGAUCUUCUGGCGAACCGUUCGUGGGAUGAUACCGCACAAGACUAAGCGCGGUGCAGCUGCUCUUGCCCGUCUGAAAGUGUUCGAGGGUGUUCCUCCUCCGUACGACAAGGUUAAGAGGAUGGUGAUCCCUGAUGCUCUCAAGGUUUUGAGACUCCAGAAGGGUCACAAGUACUGCUUGUUGGGUCGUCUAUCUUCUGAAGUCGGAUGGAACCACUAUGAUACCAUCAGAGAACUCGAGAUAAAGAGAAAGGAAAGGUCUCAGGCCUUGUACGAGCGCAAGAAGCAGCUCAAUAAGCUCAGGGCCAAGGCCGAGAAGGUCGCCGAGGAUAUACUCGGUUCCCAAAUCGCCGUCCUCGCCCCGGUUAAGUACUGAUAAUACCUAUAUCCUUUCACUUGUUUGCCGAGCUCUUUCUUUUUUCUUCAAUGUACCAUUGGAAAUUGCUGUUGGAUUUUAUCAGAUGCAAAGAAAAGGCCUUUCAUAGAGUUAUAAUCCA